CUAGUGGGAUAAAGUUCUACAUAGGGUAAAAUAGAAACAUUGGAUUUGCUCUUUUUUCUCCUUUAUACACCUUCCCCACUCACUUUACUCCCUUCAAUGACCUACUACAAAACCAUCUUUUUCCCCAAAUGUCAAGUACAGUGUAGGAAAAAUGAGCUCCCAUUUCCUCUCACUAACUCUCCAACUACUUAUUUCAUUUGUUUCAACAAAAUCCCAAUCCAUGAAAUCCUCCCACCUUCUUGAUUUGCUCAUAAGGGACUACACAUUCCAAUCCUACCGCCACAAGCCCUUCAAAACCGGCAGAAUCAACCCGGUCCACCUCCCGCCCGCCAACUUCACCGGGAUCACGGUCGACGCGGCCCGGUUCCGGUGCGGUAGCCUGCGGAGGUACGGCGCAACCGUUGCAGAAUUCCGCGUCCCGCCCGGUCCCACACUCCAACGUUGCUCGAAAAGGCUGAUGUUAAUCCGACAAAACCUCGGGCCGAACUGGUCGAAAGUGUACUACGACGACUACGAGUUGUCGGGGUAUGCCCUCGUUUCUCCCGUUCUAGGGUUGCUCGCAUACAACGCGGGUGACAACGACGACGACGACAACAACAACAACAACAACAACAACAGUACUGAUGAUAAUAACAAUCCUCGUGUCCCGUUCGAAAUCGGGAUUACUCGAACGGGACACGAGGAACCGAUCACUGUUGAUUUCACUGACACAGCAGUGAUCGGUCGUCCUCCCUCCCGCGGGACCGUACCAUUGUGUGCGAGUUUCGGGAGGGACGGGGAGGUGGCGGUGGCGGGAAUGGCGUCGCGGGACGACCGCCGCCGCGUUUGCGUGGCGGGAGGGACGGGGCAUUUCGGGCUGGUGGUGGAGGCGCCGACGAUGCCGUGGAAGGGUGGAUAUGAUCAUGAUGAGAAGAAGAAGGUGGUGAGUAGAGGGAAGAUGGUGGUUGGGGGCUCAUUUGGGGUGGCUUUAGGGGCUUUCCUCAUGGGGUUGUUGGUGGUGGCGGUUAUGGUGAAGGCGAAAAACAAGGCGAGAAUGGCGGAGGAGUUGGUUAGGAAGGCUUAUGAAGAGGAAGCUUUGCAGGUUUCCAUGGCUGGACUUCAUACAGCUCCAUAGCUAAGCUAAGCUAGCAUCUCUUUCC